GUCAAGACUGACCCCACGAAUCCCGCCAUGCCCAAGGAAGUCCGCGACAUCAAGCAGUUCAUUGAGAUCGCUACCCGCAAGGAUGCGACUGAGGCGCGGAUAAAGAAGAUUGCCCCUCGGGUCGUGGGUGCGAAGACCAAGACCAAGUUCAAAAUCAGGUGUUCGCGCUACCUCUACACCCUCUCCCUCGACGACCCUGAAAAGGCUGAGAAGCUUAGGCAGAGCUUGCCGCCAGGCCUCCGGGUAACCGACGUCGAGAAGGUCACCCCCAAGAAGAAAUAAAACGCCUCUCCGACCUCCGUUCUUGCGGUUGCUGUGCACUAACCAAGGGCUGGUUGUGUACCCCUCUAUAAGGGCUAUGAAAUCAGGCGAGUGCGGACAGCGUUGGGGCUUUUACCGGUCGGCGCAACGAUGGACAACGUGGGCAGGGCUGGCGAGAUGAUUCCUCGUGAGAGGAUAUACGGAUUAUUGCUGUGUGCUUUUAUUUCCUUUAAGUCACUUAUUAUGCGUGCAUAUCCCCAGCCCC